AAUACACUUUUAGCUUGUUUUGAAUUGACUAAUUGUUUUGAUUAACUUUUAUUUUCUAACAUAGAUCUAAUUUUUUAAAAUAAAAAAUCGAUAUAGGGAUGUGAAUAUCAGUUAAUAUAAUUAUUGUACAUUACAAAGUCAUUAUAUAUAUAAUUACAAAGUAAGAUAAUUCUUAUAUACGUUGUGUCAUUAUCUGUAAAUAAUAUUUUAUAUUAUUAAAUUUAAAAAAUUAUGAUUUAAAACGUUGUAUAAUUAAAUAUUAAUCAAACAAAAUAUUUGUAUAAAUAUGUUUUUUAAAAUAUGUUUAAUUUUUUAAAAAAACACAAAUAAUAAUUUAUUAUGUUGAUGUGCGAGCAAAACACUUAGUUGGAUUAAAGAUCUUUAAUUUAAAAACUGUGUUAGUCAAAGAAAAAAAUCUAGUAAUAAAGUUUUCACUUAGCUAAAGAGUUAUGGAUUUAAUUGUUUUUUGCGUUGACUGUUGACUAGAUAAAUACAGAAACAUACUUAUUUGCUUCAGAGUUAUUCUAACUCUUCAGUACCGGAAACAAUAUGGCAAAGCCUUCGCCGGUGAAGAUACCAACCACAACUCUAGAUGACUACGCUCACAGCCCAUUCCAUUACGCCGUCGUUUUAGGAGACCACGCCGGUUUAAUCCGUCUCGUCUCGUCCUUGCCUAAGCUAACCGAACCAGAACAAAUCCACACCGAGUCCGACUCUGUCAGCCAAGAGCGAGCCGCCGAGAUAAUCUCCGCCGUCAUCGACCGCCGCGACGUCCCGUUCCGAGAAACGCCUCUCCACUUAGCGGUGCGCAUCGGCGACGUUCUCGCGGUGAAGACGUUAUCCUCCGCCGGCGCUGAUGCCGCGCUUCGGAACGUCGCAGGCUGGAACGCGUUGGACGAGGCGGUUCGUCGCGGGAACGCCGAGAUCACGGAGAUGAUUCUCCGGCAUCAGCGGCGUUCAGCGUGGUGCAGAUGGAGGCGGAGGCUGCCGUGUCUGAUCGCGGUUCUUGAACGCAUGAGAGACUUCUACGUGGAGGUUUCUAUCAGCUUCGAGAGCUCCGUGAUCCCCUUCUUUGGGAAGGUAGCUCCUUCCGAUACUUACAGGAUAUGGAAACGUGGUGAAGAUCUACGCGCUGAUACGUCGUUAACCGGGUUCGACCGGUUUAAAAUUCGCCGCGCGAACCGGAGAUUUCUCUUCCUUGGUGAAGGAGACGUGUCUAGUAGUAGUCCCGGUACGUUGCUUGUGUUGAACAGAGAGGAUAAAACGAUAUCGAACGCGUUUGAAAACGCGGGCGAGACGGUUAGCGAGAGAGAGAUGGAUUUUACCAAAGCAGAGCUCGUUGUAAUGAAGAACUGGCGAGGGAAGGAGAAGGUUGAGACCGUCGGAGAGUGGAAAGCGAAACGUUACGAGGCCAAGAACGUGAGUUUUAGUUUAAAAUCGCCGAAAGUUGCCGUCGCCGCCGGAGAAACAGAGAAGAACUCGCCUUCGUUAACGAGGCAGCUCAGUUGUUCCGACGUUGAGGAGAAAGAAGUUCAGCCGUCGUCGUUGCGGAGGGGGAGAAAGUCGGUUUCUUUACCGGCGGCGGAGGUUUCUGUGGCGGGUUCGGUUCCAAGGAUCAAAGGAAAGGAGACUGUGAAGAGCUUGAGUCCUUUGGUUUGGUUAACGGAUGAUUUUCCUUUGACGACGGAGGAGCUGCUUCCGGUUCUUGAUAUUUUAGCCAUUAAUGUUGAAGCCGUUCGGAGAAUGAAGGAGCUGCUCACCGUUAAGUUCCCGCCGGGAACUUUCCCGGUUAAGAUGUCGAUACCGGUGAUCCCAACGGUGAAGGUAGUCAUAACAUUUAGCAAGUUCGUGGCUCUCCCGUCGAUGGAUUUCUACACACCAGUGUCAAGCCCGAGUCACAUCUCAGCUGGAGUCGAAGACCAAUGCGACGUGGAAUCUGAUAUAAGAACCUCGACUACAAGGCGAUCAUUCUCUUGGCUGAGACUGAAGGCUACCAAGAAAAGCUCACAGCGACGGUUGAAGAAGGAGCAGGCACAAAAGGAGGACCCAUUUGCAAUACCAGCAGGGUAUAAGUGGACGAGCAACACAGACUAAUCAGGUAAUCAUAUACUAUUUGGGCUGAAUGUUUUGAUGGGACAAUGUUAUAGUCUUAUAGAUGAUUAAUACUAUGUGUUUCAUUUUGUUGUUGUUGUAAACUCGUGACGUCAACCAUGAAGAAUCUAUCGUCGAUCAAGCUAAGUCAAAGAAAGAUGAUUACGAUGUUUAUAAUGUUCUUGAUCACCUAACUCUCGUUUAGGAUAGUCUUAAGUUGUUAUCUUCUAUGAUAAUAAUAAGUGGAAUUCCAGUUAUAAAUAUAUAGCCAAAAGCAGAGGCGUGCCUACAGUGUAUUAAAAAAAACAUUCGCCUCAGGUCCCCGAUUAAUAUAACUGUUUUUAGGGUCCCAAAAUUUAAAAUAAUUUCUACUAUAGUGGUUUAGACUUAUAUAAAAAAAACAUUUCUACGAAAAUUAUUUUUUGAAUUCAUGUAUUUUUUUCUAUAUGACAUAAUAUAACAUAUUUACGUUAUAAACUUAUUCUUUUACAGUAUUAGAGUUGUGUAUUUGGUGAAAAUAAUAUAUUAUAUUAGAAAAUUAUUUUUAUUACGGUUGUAAAUAAAUUUAUUUUUAAAACUUGCCUUAGAGCAUCUCCAACCCCACUCCAUAUUUUACUCCAAAAUUGAGAAAAUAGAGUAAUCCUUUUAUUUUUUUGUUCAUUACUCCAUUUUCCACUCCAUUUUCUCAAUUUUGGAAUAAAAUAUGGAGUGGGGUUGGAGAUGCCCUUAGACCCCUAAAACUCUUCGCACGGCGCUGAGCCAAAGCAUAGAUUUAAAUAAUUGAUCUGAACGCAAACGUUAUAUAUGAUUGGGUCUAAAGUUCACAUUAAAAUUUACGUUAAUGUUUGCAUUUUCUUUGUAUACCUUAUCAUUAGUACAUGUAAAAGUAUGAAACACAUGUUUUUCUACAGAAAAAAUUUAGAGGAUGUUCCCUACCGAGAGGUCCAAACUAUUUUUUAGAAAAAUAAAGAAUUUUCAACGUGAGUUUAACUCAUAAUCUCUUAGAUUCAUACUAAGAUUAUUUAAGAGUUUUAGUGCGUAGUUAAAACUUAAAACACAUGUUCACACUUUCAACGGGAUGAUCACUUUCGUGAACGGUGAACUUUUGAAGACGAUGCAUUUGUUUCUUUUUUCUUUCUUCUUUCAUAGGUACAUAUAACGAAAAAUAUUUGAACAUUUUAAGGAAAUAUUAAAUAAAUGAUAGGAACUUAACAAGAAAAGAAAUAAAUAGCGAGGGAGAAUAUUUGGAAAGAUGAGCCAUAUUAACUCCGAAAUUCAAAUGUAUAUUGGGAGUGACAUAACCCCACCAACAUGCCUUGCUUUCUCUUACAAACCUCAUAAAUACUAAAUUGAAAGGUCGAGGGAGUUCCUUUAAUUAAUCGUUAUCUAGUUAUGUAUCAUCCAUAGUUCAUUUGUUUAUAGUUUAGAAUCAGAUACUCGUAUUACAAAUAAAAAUAUACAACGAUUUAUUACUGUAUAAAAACACCAGUAAAAUACGUAAUGAAAACUUCGGAUAUAUUAGUUCAUGCUUAUUUUGUCGGGGCUACAAAUGGAUUAGUUCAGUUCAUGUAAUAAGAAACCAAUCAAUUCUUUUUCUCUCUAUAAUAAAAUAACUAAAUGCAUAUUUAAUGGAAAAUAAACAUAUUAUAUUGAUUUACAUAGAAGAGUUUGAGGUGGUUAGGUCACAUAUUUAGAUGUUAUCAGAGACCAAUUUGUUAGGCCACUGCGGCAACGAAUUUCUUGGAAUUCAUCUGAAAUUAUUUUGAUAAUUGAUAUCAUCGGUUGUAAAAUAUAUAUAUAUAUUUAUACAUACUAGUAUAAACAAUUCAAAUUUAACAAGAACACAUACUAAUACCUAUAUUCGAAAAAAGUAUUCUAUAGAAACAGUUCAAAUUUAAUUAACAACCUCCUUUUUGGUAUGGGGUUGUUGGUCUAAUUUAAUGCAUAGUCUCUUCUUCUUCAACCAUCUUCAUAUUUAUAUCAUCUUCUUCACUUUGCAGUCCCAUAGACUUUGUAAAAUAGCCAAACUCUUCUUCUCUUCUCCCUUGAUUCUUCUCCUUACUACUUUUGACGUUGCCUAAGAGUUUUGUAAGGAUCCAGUGACCUUUCCCGGUAAAGUAAGUUUUUUGUGCCGACAAUCAUUUCUUAUAUAAUUUGAUUUGAUGUAUAGUUGAUGCUACUCUUUUGUUCUCGAUUUUCUGGAGCUGACUAGUGAUAAUCGGGUGAGACUGGUGUUGAUGUAAAGGUAACGCGAGAUAUUAGUGCGGUUCAAUCAAAUAGUCGUACUCUUAGCUAUUAGAGAUCGGUUUUGUUCGAUUGAGCCGUGCCAAUAUCACGCAUAAAACCAACAUGGCAAAGAUGGUUAUUACCCGUAAAAGUAUAUUGUCAGUCUUCUUUUAAGGUAUAUUGUCAAUCUUUUUUUAAAAAAUAAUUCCAUUCUGAAUGAUAUCCAGUUUGAUAAUUUCUUAUUACUUUCUUUUUGUUUUACUUUGCAAGCUUCCAAGGUACAUGAUGUUAACAAGUAACACAAACCCCAAAAUCCAAGUACAAGGGCGAAAACACUUCUAUUUUUAGAAAGUAUCAAAGGAAUUUCAAGCAAAGAAUAUGUAGUAACAUGCUAAGGGAGUAGAAGUUGUAGCUAGAUCGUAAAUGUUGUCGUUGUUUACAAUAGUGAGAAUGUUGCAACAAUUCUAAAAAGUUAUAUAUAUGUUUUUUAGUUUGUAAUUACUGCACUUGAAUCUAUAAUUUAACUGCAGACAGAUUUGUCUUGGUUUUAUUAAUUUAAUAAGUGUAUGGUUUAAGAGCUUUUUCGUUAA